CCUUCCGCAGUGAUGAUCUGGAAACUGUGGUUCUAGUGAAUCCAACAAAAGAGUCUGCACACAGAGAGGUCGUCUCUCUUCUCACUGACUCGUCUCGGUGGAAGCUCUUGGUGCUGAGCGGCCAAAGUUCAGAGCGCGGACAGGUGCAACUACAGACAGGUGCCAUCGGGGGGCGGAGCCUCAGGACGCUCCUGCACUCACCUGAGGUGAGCGAGGUUCUGUGUGAAUCUUCUGUUCCGGUGACGUUCUCCGUCUGCGCUCCGUCCGACCCUGAGUGGUCGUCUCUGCUGCAGAACACGGACGCUCUCUCGUCUCACGUGGAGCUCCGCCUCAUCUCCGACGCGGCGUCUCCUCCGACCGCCGACAUGGACGCCGUGAGCGAGUUCACGGAGUACGUCUCGGAAACCGUCGACGUUCCGUCUCCGUUCGAGCUCCUGGAGCCUCCCAACUCCGGCGGUUUCCUGAAGCUGUCCAAACCGUGCUGCUACAUCUUCCCCGGCGGCCGCGGUGACUCCGCCCUCUUCGCCGUAAACGGAUUUAACAUCCUGGUGGACGGCGGCUCCGAUCGGAAAUCCUGUUUCUGGAAACUGGUGCGUCACUUGGACCGGAUCGACUCGGUGCUGCUCACGCACAUCGGCGCCGACAACCUCCCGGGAAUCAACGGGCUUUUCCAGAGGAAGAUCGCCGAGAAAGAGGAGGAGGAGAAGAACCAGGGCAACAACGGCGACUGGACCAAGAACCUGAUCUCCCCGGAGCUCGGCAUCGUCUUCUUCAACGUCCCCGAGAAACUGCGCGCCGCCGAGUCGGCGCUGAAGGCCAAACGUAGCAUAGAGGAGGCGUCGCUAACGCUGCAGUAUCUGAGUAAACUCGGAAUCACGCCGGAACCGCUCCACCGCGUCGUCAGCAACACCAUCGAGCCCAUCACGCUCUUCCACAAACUGGGCGUGGGGAAACUGGACAUGUACGUGCUGAACCCGGUGAAGGAGAGCAAAGAGAUGCAGUUCCUGAUGCAGAAGUGGGCGGGGAACAGUAAAGCCAAGACCGGGAUCACGCUGCCCAACGGGAAAGAGGCCGAGAUCUCCGUCCCGUACUUGACUUCCGUGACGGCGCUCAUCGUCUGGAUCCCGCACAAACCCACGGAAAAGAUCGUGCGCGUGCUUUUCCCCGGAAACGCGCCGCAAAACAAAAUCUUCGAAGGUCUGGAGAAGCUCAAACAUCUGGACUUCCUGAGAUUUCCGGUGGCGACGCAAAAAGACAUCGCAAGCGGCGCUCCUCCUCCCAUCCUCAAACAAACCAAGAUGCGCUCGCGGACGGACAGCAAGGAGAGCCUGAAGUCCUCGCCAAAACCCAAACCCAAGAAGGAUUCCACGAGCCACGAGGAGGAGAAGGAAGUGAAGCCGGAGAUCGCCAAGGAAAACAAAGUGGAGAAGAAGGACAAACCGAGCACCAAAGCCAGUAAACAGAAGAAGAACACGGAGGUGGAGAAAAGCAAGAUCGCUAAAGAGAAAAGCGAAAAGAAAAAGGACGAAGAGAAACCGAAAAAAGACGAAGAGAAGCCGAAAAAGAAGGACGACGACAAGAACAAGAAGGACAAAGAGGAGAAGAAAGACAAAGUGAAGAAAGAGGUGAAAAAGAAAGUGAAAGACGAGAAGAAACCAGAGCUUCGGAAAAUCACCAAACCAGACCUGAAACCGCUGACUCCCGAGGUGAGGAAGACUCUGCACAAGGCCAAGACUCAGGCCAAACCCAAAACCGACAAAAACAAAACGGCGAAGGAGGACGGGGUCGAGAAGAAAGUGAUCAAAAAGAAGAAGAAGGUGACGGAGGAGGUGACAGAGGAGGUGCAGAAGGCGACGGAGGUGACGGUGGAUCGGUCCGUGGUUUCCUCCCCCGAAGAUCUCACCCAAGACUUUGAGGCGCUGAAGCAGGAGGAGGGAAAACCGUCCGCCGCCGUCUGCAAACAAGAGAGUCCGAAAAUGGAGGAGAAGGAGGAGAAGAAAGAGGAGGAGCAGAGAAAGGAGGAGAAGAGAGACGAGGACGAGAAAAAGGAGGGGAAGUUUGUGAAGAAGAGCGAGAGUUCAGAGGAUGAAGACGUGAUCGAGAAAGCGGAGGUGGAGGGGACGGAGGAGGCGGAGCUGCUCAAAGGGAAAACCGAGGAGAAGGAGCUGAAGUCAGAGCAGUUUUCCUACAUCCAAGACGAAACUAUUCCGGGUUAUUCCGAAACCGAGCAGACGAUCUCGGACGAGGAGGAGAUCCACGAGGAGACGGAGGACAGGAUCCUGAGCUACGACGUCGGAGAUGUUUGCGUUCCGGACAUUCCAGGAAGUUUCGACUCGAUCCACGGCGUCAAGGAGCUGAAGGACGCCAAGCCCAAAGCGUUCCCGUUUCAGGAGGCGGAGCUGGCGCCGUACCCCGUGGUCAUCUCGGCGCCGUUAGCGGAGGAGGAGCACGUUUCCUCAGCGACGUCGAUCACGGAGUACGACAAACUCUCGUCCUUUGCCACCGAGGACCAGUCGUACAUCGCCGCGACGCAACAAACCGAAAUGAACAACCAGCUCGCCAAAUCCGCCCUCGCCAAAGACUACCUGCACUCCGCCGGGACCAUCUCGCCGACCUCCUCCUUAGAAGACGACAAAUGCUUCAAGUCUCCUUCGUCGGACGAGCCCGCGGUGCCGGAGAUGGACACCAGGGGGCGAGAGGAGGAGGAGGACGAGGAGGAGGAAGACGAGACUCCCAACGUGGACAUUCCUCUGGGGAAACUGCAGGAAGGAUACGAGCUGAAGACCAAACAGGAGCAGGAGGCGAAACCGGCUCUGACGCCCAAGUCUGUGGAGGAGGAGGGCUUCCCGCUCAAAACGCAAAAAGACGAGAUAUUCACCGCGAAAACAGACAAACUCGGCGAUUUCUCCUUCAAACUGGACAAAGACAUCGCAGCGAAGACGAGUCCGCCGCUAAAACCACCAGAGCCUCAGACAUUUACGUCAAAACUACCAGAGAAACCAGAACCUCUCCCUCCAAAAGUCGACGAUUUCACGCCGAAACCGAAAGAAGACAGUUCAGCUUCGAAAUUAGACGCAGAAUCUAGUUUGAAGAAAGACGAUAUUUUCACGACAAAACAGGACAAAGACGCCUUCAAACCGAGUUCUCCUCCAAAACUCGACGACUUUUUAUCAAAAUCUAAAGAAGAAAAGGAAAAAGUAGAUGAUUUUUCAGAAAAACUGGAUCAGAGCAAACCCGUCUCUCCUCCGAAGUACGAAGCAGAGCAAAGUUUCGCACCAACGGCAGCGAAGACGGACAUUUCCAAACCGUCUUCUCCUCCCAAACAACCAGAGUCCAGUUUUCCUUUGAAAUUUGACGAUUUUAAACCAAAACAAGACAAAGAGGACGUCACGAAACCCGCCUCUCCUCCUAAAUAUGAACUAGAGCAAAGUUUCACGCAGAAAUUCAAUGAUUUUAAAGCAAAAUCUGAAAAAGAAGAAUUCGCAAAACCAGGUUCACCCCCAAAAUACGAAGCUGUAGAGAAACCGCCUUCUCCCAAACAACCGGAGCAAAGUUUCCCGUCCAAAUUCGACGACUUUAAACCAAAACAGGAAAAAGAAGACGUCUCCAAACCACCGUCUCCUCCAAAAUAUGAACUAGAGCAAAGUUUCACUCAGAAAUUUGAUGAUUUUAAAACUAAAUCUGAAAAAGACGACAUCCUGAAACCGUCUUCUCCUCCUAAACAAGCGGAGACAACGUUCCCAAUGAAAACCGAAGAUUUCAAACCAAAACAAGAGAAAGACGACGCAGCCAAACCAGAGUCGCCCCCGAAAUAUGAACCCACCAAGUUUGAAGAUUUUAAAACGAAAGAUGAAUUUUCAAAACCGGAUUCUUCUAAAUUUGACACACAGCAACAGAAAACGCCAGACUUUGCCUCCAAACCUCAACAGGAAGUGGGUUUUCCUCCUGGAUCUCCUCCGGUGACUGAAUCCAAACCCAGAUCUCCGGGUUCUCCUUCGAUUCCGGGUCUGGACCUGAGACGCGACAGCGACGAUCGCUGCGUGAGCCCGGACGAAAGCACCGUCAAACUCACCUCUCCCACCGAAGAAAAAACCAUCGGCAAAAGCGAAAUGGAGAAAGGCGAAAAGUCCGUCACCAUCUCCGAGAACACGUCCUACAUCGGGACGUUCGAAGCUUCUGGAGAGUCGGAGUCAGAGGAGGAAGAGGAGGAGGAGGAGGAGGAGGAGGAGGAAUACUUCGACAAAAAGGAGCUACAGCCGACCGUCAAAGCCAAACUCAUGGAGGCCAAAGAGGGAUGCUUCCUGGACGACGACUUCAGCGCAAAGAAGGAAAAAACGCAGAAAUAUUCCGACGAGGAAGACGAGAAAAAGGACGAUGUGGUCGAGAGCGAAAACAAAAAAGACGAGGAGAAAAGCGUUCAUUUUGGAGCUUGUGAUUUCCCGGAGAAAGAGAAAAAGACGGAGGUGUACACGCGUCAGGACACGCCGUACGUCCACGGGAAAACCUUCAGCUACGGCUCCGUGGAGUCGGACUCGUUCAGGCAAGAAUCCGACGGAAAACACGAAGCGAAAAAAGACGACAACAAAGACUACGAGGAGGUCCGGGUGAGGAGCUUCCCGUCCGUGGCCGACAGACCCGAACUGUCCGCCACGUCGCUCAGCUCGGACAAAACCGAACGAUUCCAGCAAAGUUUGGAAGUGGAUUUACGGAAAUUAACCGCGAAAGACGAGGAAGAUUAUGACGAUGUGGAGACGGAAUCUGAGGAAGAGGAGACGGAGGAGGAGACGGAGGAGGAGGACGUGGAGAAAGGAGCUAAAGAAAUGUCGGAAAAAGAAGUGAAAAGCGAGUCCAAAAGUCCCUCUCCGACCGGAUUUGACCCCAGCAGACCCGAGUUUAUCCUUUCAUUCGUGGGAUACGGAUACAACAGCCAAGGACGAGUGGAACCAGAGGAGAAAGCCGACACCAACAAAGAGAAAGACGAGAAAACGUCCGAUAAAAGUCAAACCCAAAAGGAAGUGGAGUUCAUGAGUAAAAGUGAAGUGUCUCUAACGCACGAAACUCAACUCAAAGAUGCCACGAAACCCGACGGGAAAACUUCUGCGUCUCCGACCAAAGACGAGUCAAAGGAGAAAAGCACGACGCAAACUUCAACCAAACCACAAAUCUCUCCAACGUUUGAAAAAGAAAAACCAGAAUCUCCAUUUAAAGACAGAUCGCCGGAGAAGACGAGGACAGACGAUAAAGACGAUUUCAGUUUCAGAGCAGCGGGAAAAACUGUCACUUCUGGAUUUGGAAUUUCAGAUAAAUUUGACCAAAAAUCUGAACGAGAAUUUUCAAGUCACAGCGGAUUCUCGUCCACGUUUGAAUAUUCGUACAAAGACUCGAGAGCUGAAGAGAGUAAACCUGUAGAACCAUUUAAAUCUGAAAAAGACGACAAGGAAAAAGCUGAAUUUGGACUCAAAGAAACCGGGAAGGCUGCAGAUUUUGAUAAAUAUUCAACAGAUAAAUUUGGAUUUUUGCAAGAGAAAAAAGAAACUGAAACCAAACCAGACUCUAGUGUGAAAUCUUCCGUCUCCUCGGGCUUCACUUCUUCUUUACCUUUUGAGUUUGACAAGAAAUCGGAAGAAAAAGACGAUUUCGACACAGAGUUUCACAAACAGAAAACGCCAGAGAGCAAAACGACGUUAGACUCCAGUUUUCCGUAUCCGUCAAGCGCGGCGUACUCUUCGUCCUCCGCGUACAGCUACUCCUCCUCCACCUCCGGCUCCCUCUCCAUGACGACCAGCCGACAGUUCGCCGAAGACCUGGAGACCCCUGCGUCCGAAUCGCCGACGUCCGAGCGCGUUAAGGACGAUUAUCUGGAGGUUUUGGAAGAGACGAAGUCCUCGGCACAAAGCGCUCAGGCCGGGAAGGAGGCGCAAGGAAAAUCCGAGUGUUUCUACAAACCUGAAAAGACGGAGGAGUUUGGUCUAUACACAUCGGAAUCCUCCAAAGAAAGGUUCGGAAUGCCGUCGAUGGAAAGUAGCGGAUUUGGAGCGACAUCGAAAUCAAAAAUAGGAGAGUAUGGACUUUAUACCGCAGACGUAUCGCAGGAAAAAUACGGAGGAUUUCCAAAAUUUUCACCUGAUGAUGUACAGAGGGAUAAAGAAAUGUGUAAAGAACAGUACGGACCGUUUGGAGCCGCGGCGAAAGACUUCGGAGCUAAAGAAUCUUCGCUGGAAAAAAGCGGGAUUUACUCAGAAAUGAAAGCGGAUGGAUUUGUGCAGAUCUCCUCGGAGAAGGAGGCGGCGAGUGCGGCUCUCUUUGGAAUCACAUCAUCCCCGAGGCCUGAAACCGAAGGGAAGCACUAUUUCGAGGAGACAGACACGAGCGAGGAAGAAGAGGAGGAGGCUGAAGACGCGUACAUGAGAGAAAUCAUCCACAAAACCAGCCCAGGAGCGGCGAAGGAAACCACCGUCAGCGCGGAGAAGGUGGAACUCAGCUCCUCCAAAACCACAGAACCGACCAAACCGGACGCCAAAGAGCUGAAGACCUCCGCGGGGUUCGAGUGGGAGAUGAAGUCCAAGUCUGGGAUGAUGGUUCCCGGAGACUCGCCUCCUCAUUACCGACAGGAGUUUGAAGAGGAGGUGGAGAUGGAGCCGGAGCAUCCCGCCAGGCCGCUGUCCCUCUCCAAAACAGAAGGCGGCGCUUCGUACGUCGGCGCGCAGAAAGCCUCGCCCCCGAGCUUCGGCGACCGCCAGUCCCCGUCGUACUUCUCUGCCGACGUGCCUCAGAGCAAACAGGAGCUGAGCCUGAGCUUCGGUGAGAAGAAGGACCUCGGCAAAGACACCGCCGAGUAUUUCGGUCGCCACGACAGCGACGACGAGGAGUGUAAACUCGGAGCGGCGUCCAGUCGGAAGUCGCCCGGAUACUCGGCGAAACACGACCUCUCGCCGUCCUUCAUCAACCCGAGCAUGAGGGCGUUUGUGAGCGACGAAGAGGACGACGAGGAGGAAGAGGAGGGGCCGGCCAGCAUCAAGACGCCGCAGGAGCGCAGCAGCGGCGGCGGCGGCGGCGGCGGCGGCGGGUGUCUGCUCGCCAACGAGGACACGCCCCCCACCUCCGACGAAUCCGGAAACUCCGAUUCCAACGCCGAGUCGGAGGACGAGGAGUACAUUUCCGACCGACCUGUCGCCCCGCCCCCCCACCCCGACGUCUGCAUGGUCGACCCCGCCUCCUGCCCCCCCGACGCCGACCUCAAGAAGCCCGACGACGACAAGGCCAAAGCCAAGAAGAAGAAGCUGACGAAGGGCUCGGUCAAGUCCAGCUCGUCUCCAGCGCGGCGGAAGAAGUCACCGAUGCCCCGAAGCGCCGCCUCCACCAAGAAGAAAGAUCUGGAGAAAAGCUCGAGGGCGUCCAGGACCUCAGACCGAGACGACGAAAUGUCCAGGGCCUCGUCCACACUCAACAAGAACAAGACCAGUUCUCAGCGCUCGGUCACCGGUCCGUCUCUGGGUUCCGGUCCGGCCUCUGGGUUCCCGGUCUACGUGGACCUGGCGUACGUCCCGAACCACUGCAGCGCCAAGAACGUGGAUCAGGAGUUCUUCCGGCGCGUGCGGGCGGCGUACUACGUGGUGAGCGGCAACGACUCUGCCAGCGGAGAACCCAGCCGAGGAGUCCUGGACGCUCUGCUGGAGGCCAAGGCCAGCUGGGGCUCCAACCUGCAGGUGACGCUGAUCCCGACCCACGACACGGACGUGACUCGUGACUGGUACCAGCAGAGUCACCAGGUCCAGACCGACCUCAACGUGAUGGUCCUGGCCUCCAGCUCCACCGUGGUCAUGCAGGACGAGAGCUUCCCCGCCUGCAAGAUCGAGUUUUAGAGACACGUCUCACCAGAACCUACAGGAACCUACAGAGGAACUUACAAGAACCUACAGAGGAACCCACAGAUGAGAGCUUCCCCGUUUGCAAGAUCGAGUUCUAGAAAUGUCUCCAAGAAGAACACACCAGAACAGACAAAAACUCACAGGAACCUAAAAGAACCAGAGGAACAUGUGGGAUGAGAACCUCCUCACCUGCAACAUCAAGUCUAGAGAUGAACAAUCAGAACCUACAACAACAACAACAACAACAGACAAGAACCUUCAAGAACACAGACCCCUUUUCCACCAAACCUGGUCUGGUUCUGACUCAGCACCAAACGCAGCCGGGCCCAAGAGGAGAAGCAGAUCUGGAGAAAAACAAACAUUAAAAAUACAUUAUUAUUGUCCGCACCAAAUGUUAUGAACGUAGAACCAAGUCAGACUGAGCCGAAACACAGAAGAACCUAGAGGAGUCAGGAGAAAAACACCCAGACCAGAACCAGAACCAGCCCCUUGGUGGAAAAGAGGUCUAGAGAAACCUCCAGUCAGAACAGAGAACAAACAACAACCUACAAGAACUUACAAUAACCUACAGGAACCCACAGGAACCUACAAUAACCCACAGGAACCCACAGGAACCUACAAGAACCUACAAGAACCUACAAGAAUCUACAGGAACCUACAAGAACCUACAAUAACCCACAGGAACCUACAGGAACCUACAAGAAUCUACAGGAACCUACAAGAACCUACAAUAACCCACAGGAACCUACAGGAACCUACAAGAACUACACCUCCUGAUGAGAGCUUCCCUGGUCCCUUCCUCCUCGAUUAAACAGAACCUGGGCCGUUCUGGACCAGAAGAUGAACUUUGCCGACCACAGGAAACCAAACGUCCAACCAAAGCUCCACCAGAACUGGAGCCAGAUCUGAAAAACACCCAAGUAUAAGCCAUCCUCAACCUCCAGCUGCCAGGACCAUGGACUGGACCGUGGACCGGACCAUGGACCAAGAACCAGACUCAGACCUCAGACCCGAUCGGACUAAAGUUUAAAAUGAUGCGACAAACGACCUGAACCAGAACUGAAUCCUCCUCCUGCCUUUAACCUCGAACCAAACCGGACCAGAACAAGACCAGAGUGAACCAAACCAGACUGAACCGGGUCAGACUGGCUGAACCGGACCUGACGG